CUUAACCAUGAAGUAGGCCUUGAUUCAACCUAAAAAAAAAAAAAUACACAAUAGACAACACAUAAUGGCCGCGCCUGUGAGAAACAAAUUCUUCACGUGUUUUUUUUCUUUUCAUAAAAAAGUUAAUCCUCAGCAAACGUUUGGUUUGUUUUCACCGUCAAAAUGUUUCCGACCGGCAAAUUCUACUUCCAUUCACAUGACCUCGUUUAAAUCAUCCAACUUAAUGCAAUUUUUCGACGAUCCUAAAAAUUUUGGAGCUAGCGAAGUCAAAAGUGGUCGUUCAUGGACAGUGGACGAGCUUCGUAUCAAGAGUAAUAUUGAUCUUCAAAAAUUAUGGUUUGUGCUCCUGAAGGAAAGGAACAUGCUGCUGACGAUGGAGUACAAUUGUCGUGAAGCUUGCUAUCUCUUUCCAUCACCAGAACGAAUUGAUAAAAUUCAGGACAGUAUGACCAGACUUGAACAAGUCAUUCAUGAAAGAAAUGAUGCAUAUUGGCAGCUUGAAAUUGGUGAAGAAGCACCUAAACCUAGAGCUGAAAAAACUUUAGAUCCUACCGAUCCAUUAGCUGCCAUCCGUGAGCCAAUAGAAGCAGUGACACAAGUGAAAGAUAGAGCAACAUUAAAGUUCCAAUAUCUAAUCAAAGAAAAAGAAAGAAAAUUGAAACUUAAACAAAAAAGACUUCAUGAAAGAGAGGCAGCGAUGCUUCUCAAAUACUUCCCCAAUAUGGAUAAAGAAGCUCUACAAGCCAAGUACCCUGAUGUCAAUGUUGAAAAACUAAAAUUCGUCCAGAGAACUCGGGGAAGUCACGAAUUCAAUACAGCUUGUACAGGGAAGUUGCAUAAGAAUAAAGCGUUUGACAUUAAACUAACUAAGGCAUCAGCUCAGGCGGAAGAAAAUCCACACGACGCCGUCAUUCGACAAACUAGCAGCACUGACCCCACCAGAAUAGGAGUCUACAAAGUAAUGGGAGCUAAACCAACCACUUUACUAUCACUGGAAGACAUCGAUGAAUGCUGCGAACUUACCUACUUCAGCCGCAGAGAUAUCAUUCGAUUGUUUGACCGGUUUUACCGCAUAAAUCCGAAUGCCGUAAAAGCCAAUCCAUUUGGCGUUAGACUUCCAGCGGCCGAUAUUUUUGCGUCAAUUGAAGAGCUCAAGUGCAAUCCUUUCCGACAGCGUCUGGCGUACGUUUUCUCCUCCAAACAAGACGAUUGUUUCUCGUUUGACGAUUUCGUCGAUCUAGCUUCGGCUUUUUGCGAGAAGGCCCCACCCAGCGUCCGCGCAUCUUUUGCAUUUAGAAUUUACGACUUUGACAACGAUGGUCUGUUGACAGCCUCCGAUCUCGGGAGACUCAUCGAUUUUCUAACAUGCGAUUCAGAGAAUUCUACCAAACUACCGGAAAGGGACGAAGUCGUCGGCUAUAUUCUGGAAGAGGCCGGAGUAGAAGGAAACCGUUCAAUUAACGAAGCCGAGUUUCAACUUGUCGUGAAAAAGCUACCAGAUUUUGCUACCUCUUUCAAGCUCAUCAUGUAAAUUAAAAAAACACGAGUAAAAUGUCCCUUAAUUAUAUAGUUGUCGUUGCCAUGUCAUAAAGUGUCCUUGCCACAAAAUAUGGAAUUACGCUAUGCAUUUCUCGAUCGGUUCCCAUGAGAUGUACGUUUCCCUUGAACUGUAUCGCGACAGAAAAAAAAAGGACCAAACACAAUACAAAACGUUAUUAAAUCGUA